GCGGCGGCACGGCCUUCUGGCGCGCAUAUCAGUUUCCAUGUUUUGCCUGCCAAAGAAAAAUUGAGCCCAAUGUUUCCAAACGAAUCUAGUUCAGAUGAGAUUUCUAAAGUAAAUGUCGUUACACAAACGUUUAAGGAUAAUUUAGAGCCAAAUGUUGUGCCAGGAAAUUUAGCAGUAUUGCUACCUGCUGCUGGCUGUGAAUGUUUCGAUAGUGUUGUAGGAGGGGCAUCUAUCCACACUGCCCAUUUUGCCCCUCUGAUGUCCACAGACCAAGUACCUGCUCUCAGGGACUCAAUGGACUGCAGUACCAGUGGAUCCACUACCCUGGAAGCAGAAGUAGCAACAGACAGUCGGCCUCCUGUGCAGCAUUCUCCAUGCGCACAAAGUGAUCUAAUGGGACAUGCGUGCACAGAAUUUUCUGACCACUACCAGCAGCAGCAGCAGCAAAUCAGUUCCAAAGAAGUAGCAGUUCAUUCAAAUGUAGAGCAAUCUGUCCUUCCUCCAGCAUCUACCACUGCCAGCAGGCUGGGGGAUGGGACAAACCACAAACAAACUAGUGCAGGGCUACAUGCUUUGCACCUCAGCAGUAACAAGUCUGAGGCCUUGGGCCAGCAGGGGGGCACAGGGGAAGCCGGAGGGAGGGAUGGAGCUGAACCACCCUCUGGCUCAUCCCCUGAGCUGGAGAUACUCUCAGCAUCUGUGAUAAUCAGCUCAACUUCUAGUGGCACCGCAGGUCUUCCGUCCCUUGUGGUGACCAGCCACAAUGCAGUGCAGCACCAGGACACCAGUGCGUCACUUGCAAGUCAUCUCGGUUCUUCCAACACCAAUAGUCCACCAACCAGUGCACAAACUUGCACGAAAUCAAUCAGUAAUUGCAAUCCACUGUCAGAUCUAAAAUACUUGGACAAGUCGGCACAUGUUCCUGAAACUUCUAAUAAUUAUAAGAGUGACAGCAAUAUUUUAAAUUCAACUGAAGGCCCUGCAACAAACUUACGAUGGGGAAUUCCCAGGGGUGUAGGAUUACGUGGUGGUGGAGAGAGCUCCCUAACUGGAGGCAGCGGAACUAGUGGCUGGGGUUCCGGUGCUGGGGGGACAACUGGCGGAGGCUGGGGAUCCUCCGCAGGGUCUUCACAGCAGCAGCAACAGUCGGGCUCCAGCCAGUGGGGUAGUAGUAGUGGUAGCAGCCGUUCCAGCUCUGCAGUCUCAAGUGGCCCAGGAUCUACUGCUGCGAACAGCAGUGCUCAGCAAGGGUCAGGUAACUCAAAUAAGGGCAAUAAUUCACAAAGUGGACAAAAUUCAUCACAGCAGAGCCAGCCACAACAAUCACAACAACAAGGAGGUAGCUCUGCAUCAUCAACACAGUCUACAUCCUCCCAGAUGAGUCAACAAAGUGGCCAGACAGGUGGAGGUGCACAGCAGCUUGGGGGAGGUGGAAGCGGUCAAUCUCAAGGUUCACAACAGCAGCAGUCUGGUAGCAGCUCAGUAACUCAGCAGCAGACCUCCAGCGCAGCUGGACAGCAAGGCAGUUCCACAAAUCAAUCCUCUUCCCAGCAACAGCAACCAGGGACAUCAACUGGUCAUAUUCAGACUGUGACAUCUGGCCAGAGUUCAGUACAGCAAUCUCAACAACAGCAAGGCAGUAACAAUGGUUCCAACUCUAGUGCAUCUGCUUCAUGGGCUGCUGCCGCUGGCAAAGGUCUAAGUGGCAGCGGAAGUGUAAAUACAGGAACAUCUAGUUCGGGACAACAGUCUUCUGGAGCAACUUCAGGUUCUUCCAAGCAGCAGCAACUUGAGCACCUGAAUUCCAUGCGAGAAGCACUCUUCAGUCAAGACGGUUGGGGAGGGCAACAUGUCAAUCAGGAUACAGGUUGGGACAUCCCUGCUUCACCUGAACCAGGUGUUAAAGAUGGUGCUCCUGUCUGGAAGCCAAAUGUCAACAAUGGGACAGACCUGUGGGAAGCAAAUCUUCGCAAUGGUGGUCAGCCACCACCCUCGCAGGCUGUUCAAAAGACACCAUGGGGCCAUACACCGAGUAGCAACAUCGGAGGCACGUGGGGUGAGGACGACGAUGUGGCAGAUAGUUCAAAUGUGUGGACCGGUGUCCCUACAGCUCCCCCUGGCCCAGGCCCCACGGCAUCAGCGUCUCAGUGGGGUGGACCUGCAGCUCCUGGUGCGGCGGCGGCAGCUGCAGCUGCUGCAGCAGCCGUUUGGGGUGGUGGAAUGUUAGGCCCACGAGAGCAUAUGCACGGUGUCGUUGAGGGGGGAUUGCGUGGAGAUGUAGGGGUGAGGGACAUUCGGGGCGUGGGUGAGAUGAGAGCUGCAACUGGAGUGGGAGUGGGGGAUCCUCGCCGCUUGAACGGUAGUGGUGUUGGGGUCGGGGCAGGAGGUGACACGAGUGCUAUGUGGGCAGCACACCCCACAGCAAGUGCUCCACAUCAUGGUGCUGCACAACACCACACUGGGCAACCGUCACAGGCGAAGAUGGUGCCACCUACAGUCCCUACAGCAGGCGUAAACCAGUGGGCUGGCCCACCCCCAAAAGAUCUCACCUUGGGAAGCAGUGUGGGUGUCACCAAACCAUCAGGUUGGGAAGAACCAUCUCCUCCAGCACAACGCCGUAAUCUGCCAAACUACGAUGAUGGAACAUCAUUCUGGGGCAGCCAAUCUAGUCGCAUUGGUAAGGUGUCCCAUUGGAAGGAAAUGCCAACUCCAAAUGUUGGGCGAGGAAGCAUGCCAUGUCCUCCAGGCAUGCCACAAAACAGACUUCCAGGAAACACAUCUGGAGGAGCAAAACCUGAUGGUACACCAAUUUGGGCCCAACCAGGAAGAAAUGGGUCGUGGGGUGAUACCACUCAUGAUGCAAGUAAUGCUGGCUGGGGUGAUGAAUCAAAGGUUGCUGCCAGCAUUAAUUCUUGGAAUGAGCCACCUCUCACUCCAACUUCUUGGGCUGGACCGAAAGCAAAGAAUCCUCUCAACCCGGGUGGCUGGAUGGAUGGUGAUAUGGACACAAGUUCUUGGGGGCAUCCUCCAAAACAGGGUCCAAAGCAAUUAACGAGAGAUAUUGUGUGGUCCAGUAGACAGUUCAAACUACUGUCAGAGUUGGGAUUCAAGAAGGAAGAUAUCGAGAACGCCUUGCGUGCAAGCAACAUGAUUCUUGAGGAUGCUCAUGAGCUACUGUCCACUGCUAGUCGUGUGGGUGUAGAGAGCUGGCGUCGUCAUGAUGAUCAUUCGCCAUUUGAUCUCACAAGUGGACACCCAAAUGUUGGAGCAUGUGCUGCUGGUGUAGGUGUUGGUGUUGGAAUGGGUGCCUUUCCUGGUCAGAGAUUCAACCCUGUUGCUGCUCAACAGAUGCCCUUUGCGCCACCGGGCCCUGGUGGUGGUGUGAGUAAUGCAGGACCAAACCUUUUGAAUAAUGCGGGAUUAAAUAUAAACAGCAUGAGCCCAGCUAUUAUGCAAAAGAUGCUCAGCCAACAGCCACCCCCAACACCGCAGCAGGCUCACCCUGGUGCUGCUGCCCAGGCAGCCGUGCAGCAGCCCACAGGUGCGGGUGUUGGUGUGGGCGCAUUCAGCUCACCUGCAGCUGCGGCGGCUGCUGCUGCUGCACGUGCACCCCAGGCGCAGCCAACUGCUACUCAGUUACGCAUGCUUGUGCAGCAAAUACAGAUGGCCGUUCAAGCUGGCUACCUCAAUCAUCAGAUUCUUAACCAACCAUUGGCUCCACAAACUUUGAUAUUGUUAAAUCAAUUGCUGCAGCAGAUAAAGGCCUUGCAGAACUUGAUGCAACAACAAGCUGUUGUGCAAGUGCAACCCCAUAAGAAUAGUUCCAAUGCCGUUCUGCAAAUUUCUGUGCAAAUAACGAAGACUAAACAGCAAAUUACAAAUUUGCAGAACCAGAUAGCAUCACAGCAGGCAAUCUAUGUGAAACAGCAGCAACAACAACAACACCAGCAGCAGCAACAGCAGCAGCAGCAACAGCAGCAGCAGCAGCACCAACAACAGCAACAGCAGCAACAACAGCAGCAGCAUCACAUUGCUGCUGUGCAAGGGGCACAGCAGUCUGAAUUUUUCAAAUCUACGCUGCAUGAUCAGAUGAUGCUACCUCACAAGUUUGCUGAUCUCACAAUUGCUACAGAUCCAACUGCGCAGAUGCCAUCAUCUUAUCAGACCAGUCAGCAGUCCCGUCUGAAUCAGUGGAAACUGCCAUCUCUGGAGAAAGAUCAAGACGUGACCAGUAAUGAAUUCAGCAGAGCUCCAGGCACAACUACUAAGACUGCACUUCCUCAGAGUCAUUCUUCACCAAAUAUGAAUCCUCUCCUCGGACCUAGUGAUGGGACUUGGUCAACUGUAACUGCACGGGCUGGAUCAGAUACAGGUUGGCCUGAUGUGUCUGGAGCAGGCAGUGGUGGGGAUGGCAGCAUUCAGCCCGGAGGUGACAGUAAAGACCCAUGGCCAGCAGUUACUACCAGUGCAGCAGCUGCAUUCACAGACCUUGUACCAGAAUUUGAACCAGGAAAGCCAUGGAAGGGUACUCCAAUGAAAAGCAUUGAGGAUGAUCCGAGUAUCACACCAGGGUCCGUUGUGCGCUCUCCACUAUCAUUACCGGUAAUAAAAGAUGAAAUUUUCACUGGAGGCAGCAAAACCUCUCCUACUGUCAGUUCAUCAAUGGAUACACCUGUACCACCUCUUAGCCUUUCCUCAUCUACGUGGACUUUUAAUCCUGCUCCACCAACGAGUUCCAUGGGAAAAUUGGGAGGUGGUGGUGGAGCAGGUGCUGGAAGUGGCAGCAAGGGUGGUUGGGGUGAACCACCUCCCUCUGGGGGCGUCGUUACUGGUGAGUUGUGGGGAGCCCCUUCUGGCGGAAUGGCAGCAGCCAGCAAAGCACGAGGACCACCACCUGGCCUGGCAGGUACUGGUGCAGGCGUUGCUGUAGGAAAGAGCAAUGGCUGGGGAGGCCUCAGUGGUUCUGUUGUCACAAAUGCUGCUGGCACUGGUGGCACAGGACGCUCUUCUUGGGGCAUUCAGACUCCUGCAUGGGGCUCCACAUGGUUGCUGCUCAGGAAUCUCACACCACAGAUUGAUGGCUCAACACUAAAGACACUUUGUGUGCAACAUGGUCCUUUGCUCAGUUUUCAUUUGUACCUGAAUCAUGGAAUUGCUCUUGCCAAGUAUUCUACACGUGAAGAGGCUAAUAAAGCUCAAGGGGCACUUAACAAUUGCGUCCUCGGCAAUACGACGAUUUUUGCCGAGUCACCUGGUGAGUCGGAGGUGCACUCAUUGCUACAGCACCUGGGCCAUGGUGGUGGUGGUGGCGCUGGUGGCCAGCAGACAUCUGGCAGUGGUUGGGGUCCAGGACCAGGUAGUGGACGUGGAUCAGGAGGCAGUGGUGCUGGGGGAUCCCAAGGUGGUCCAGGGCCUGCGAAGUCGGCAUCUGACGCAUGGGGUGGAGUUGCAGGUAGCCAGCUUUGGCCACCUACUCCAUCAUCUGUCUCAGGUUCCUUGUGGGGAGACGGAACGUCAGGUGGUGAUCAACACCGCUCGACGCCUUCGUCUCUCAAUUCGUUCCUGCCAGGUGACUUACUGGGUGAGGGCUCAGUGUGAACUAAACUUGUGCCUACCUACAGGAAUUUAAAAUCCUUUCCUUUGUCCCAUCUGUGCACGUAAACGUAUAUUGGGCAUAAUAUUGAGUGAAGAAUGAGCUUCUAUCGAAUCUUCUCCAUAGUGACGUACUCGAAGUUUUCCAUCCUUUUACAUAAGGAAACUGCUCCCAAAUUCCAUCUCCUAUCUAUCACCUCAGUGCCGGCAUGCUGUCCAACUGCAAAAUGUGUUGGAUAGUAGCCAUUGUAAAACAAAACUGAAUUUAAAAUAGAAUGACUUGGAGAACCUGUGCGCAUUGCUGUGGAGAAGAGAGAAAUCUCCAUACCUGUGAUCUCAGUUUCCUAUUUGCGCUAUACGGUUGCUUCUGUCCCCAUAACUAUGAGAGUCUAGUUAGUGACAGCAGUUGUAUUCUUAUUAUUAUGUUACUUAUAUAAAUAUAUAUAUAUGUAUAUAAAAUAUAUGAGGAUUGCAGUUUUGACUGUUAAGAUGUGAGGAUUAAUUUUUAAAAAUAUUUAAUGUUGUUACAAUCAGACUGUGUGCCAAAUACCUGGCAUUAGUUUUUGAAGGCUGUCCUGUAAAAGUGCUGCCUUCCCAUUUCUUUGCGGCUGUACACAAUCGAAGUGUUCCCUUGAAAUAAUAGUGUUCAAUGUUUGUGAUCCAUUACUUCAAAAAAAAAAAAAAAAAAAGAAAAUAUAGACAUAGUGAUAAAUUUUGACCAGCACUAGUAGGUGCUAUGCAUACACUCGUUUCUUUGUUGCAUUACCUGUGUGUGCAUAGACGUAAAUUGGUGCAGAGUAAUCAAACUUAUCCACUUAACAACUGGAAAGAAUAAAAUUUUGUAUGUGUAUUGUAUUUUCAACUGUGCUGUGACUCUAAAGUGGCUUUAUGUUGAAUGUAAGAUGUUCCAUUUGCCCAGUUUUGAUUAAUGAAAAUGCUCUCUCUCCUUCAGAAUUGACAAAAGCAACGAGAGAUUUGCUUUUCUUUUCUUUUCUUUUAGAUGAUAGUGCAAAACUUAUACUCCUGAGUAUACUAAGGUUUUCUUUAUAGUAAUAACAGCCAAAAAAGAGUUUAGUAUAGUAUUGUAGAAGCAGACUCAGUGUUGUUGAAAUUGUGGCUCUGCACAGUUAAAUAAAGUAUUGUAAGCUACAAAUAAAAGCCAUGGUUAGACUAGAGCCAUAAUUAUAGAUGGAUGCUGUGAUGAUAGUGAAAGAGAUGACAACCAUGCAAAUGCCAUCAACAGCCACCACAUCUUCAACAGCAGCAACAACAUCCACAACAGCAACAACAUCCAUCAACAUUUACUAUCUACUACUACUACUACUACUACUAUUACUACUACUACUGCAACAAUAACAAUAAUAACAACAACAACAACGACAGCAGCUGCAGUGAACAUAUGGAAGAUUUUUCAAAAAGAGCCAAGUAUUGUGUACAUAACAAGCUUACCUGUAAUUAUUUUUCUCCAGUGAGUAUAGUACCAAAUUCUGAAUCGAAACACAAGGUUUUUAUGUAGAUUAAGAUCAAUCGUAAAUACAUAGGGAUUAAGAUUUUAAGGUAAAAUAUGAGGUAUUUAAUAUAUUGCGUUUAAAAAACACAUUUUUAUGAAAAGUGGUAAUAUUUAAAAACCAAGUGCAUUCUAAUUAUUAUUCUAUUGUAGCCAGUGUAAGUAUAAACAUGUGUAUUUAUAUAAAAAGUUUGCUGCAUCCUUAUUAAAUGUGAUAUAAUCUUGUAAGUGAUCCUGUGCAAACUCGUCAAUUUUUGUGAACUUUUAACUAGAGAAUAAUGUGUGAUUUCCUUUAUUUCUUUUUAAAAAGUGAAUGUGUGUGUGUGUGUGUGUGUGUGUGUGUGUGUGUUUUGACGCGCAAGUUUGCGCGUUUGUGUGGCGUGCAUGUUUAGUGCAAGAUCUUGGGCCUGAGUGUAUUUUGAUGUCAAAAUAGUUAGAAAAAUCUAUGAUUUUCCUUGCUUUCCCACUCCUCCUCUGAAGAUUAUGCUCUUGAUGGUGCAUGGACACAUGUAAUUUGUAAAAAACUAGUAUGUAUGUACAUAAAACAAAUUUUUGAAGACAUGGAUUUCAAAAAUAUUUUUGACACAAAACAGAUAAAUUAAGGAGUAUUUUCUGCAUUUUUCUUUCAAUUUUUAAAUAGUUCAUUGCUUUUAUGAGGGGGAGAAUUAUAGUAUCUUACAUUGCAGUAUGAGCUUGAGACAAAUAGUUGAUCUAUUUAAUUAAAUAAGGUAGCAAGAUCUUAACACAAGUGUGCGCAACUAAAAACGUUGAAUCCAUCCUUGCCAUGUUUGUUUUUUAAUCAUGUGAGAAGAAUGAGUGUGUGAAGGCUGUUAUACUCUUUUU